CAUCCUGACCGUGAUUUCUCACCAGCGAGCCAGGCUGGCGGCGUGGGGUAGCCAGGAUGCUUCCAAGUGGGAAUCUGGUUCCUGUUGGCAUCGCACUGCUCCUGCCCGCACUGGCAGCGGGGCUGAGUCUGCAGCCGGCCAGGAUGCGGCACCCAGGGGUCUGCCCCAACCAGCUCAACCCCAACCUGUGGGUGGACGCGCAGAGCACGUGCGAGCGUGAGUGCCGGGAGGACCAGGACUGCGAAGGGUUUGAGAAGUGCUGCACCAACGUGUGCGGGCUGCAGAGCUGCGUGGCCGCCCGCUUUGCCAACGGCAGCGCACCCGCGCCGGCGCCCGCAGCCUCAUGUGAGAGCUUCGUGUGCGCGCAGCAGGGCUCCGACUGCGACAUCUGGGAUGGGCAGCCCGUGUGCAAGUGCAAAGACCGCUGCGAGAAGGAGCCCAACUUCACCUGCGCCUCUGACGGCCUCACCUACUACAACAAGUGUUACAUGGAUGCCGAGGCGUGCCUGCGUGGCACCCGCCUCACCACCGUGCCCUGCAAGCACAUCUUCACCUGGCCCGACACCAGCCCCGUGCCACAGGAGACCACAGCUCGCCCCACGCCAGGCGCCGGCCCUGAGGUGCCGGUGCCCCCCGCUCUCUACAGCAACCCCUUCCACCAGUCGGUGCGCGCCGGAGGCACCGUCAGCUUCCGCUGCGACGUGAGCGGGCGCCCGCGCCCUGACAUCACCUGGGAGAAGCAGAGCGAGAGGGAGGAGAAUUUCAUCAUGCGGCCGGACCAGAUGUACGGCAACGUGGUGGUCACCAACAUCGGCCAGCUUGUCAUCUACAACGCCCGCCAUGAGGACGCCGGCAUCUACACGUGCACGGCCCGCAACACUGCCGGGCUGCUCCGCGCCGACUUCCCACUGUCGGUGCUGAGGCGGGAGCCAGGGGCCGUGGCGCUGGCCAGCAGCCCCCAGCCCUUCCCCAGCGCCGAGUGCCUGAAGGAGCCGGACCGGCGGCGCUGCGAGGCGCUGGAGGUGCGCUGGCACUUCGACGCCAAGCAGGGCUCCUGCCUCACCUUCCGCUACGGAGGCUGCGGCGCAAACAGGAACCACUUUGAGACAUACGAGGAGUGCCGGGCCGCCUGCCUGGGCAGCGCCCGCCCCGCCUGCCUGCUGCCCGUGGUGCAGGGCCCCUGCCAGCACUGGGAGCCGCGCUGGGCGUACAACCCGCUGCUGAAGCAGUGCCACUCCUUCGUGUACGGCGGCUGCGAGGGCAACACCAACAACUUUGAGAGCAAGGAGAGCUGCGAGGACGCCUGCCCCUUCCCCAAGAGCCUGCAGUGCAAGGCCUGCCGCCUGAAAAGCAAGAUGGUCCUGAGCCUCUGCCGCAGCGACUUCGCCAUCGUGGGACGCCUGAUGGAGGUCGUGGAGGACCAGGACUCCGGUAUCGCACGCUUCGCCCUCGAGGACGUCCUCAAGGAUGAGAAGAUGGGCCUUAAGUUCUUCAACAUCAAGUACCUGGAGGUGACCUUGACUGACAUGGACUGGAGCUGCCCCUGCCCCAACAUGACGGCGGAGGACGGGCCGCUCAUCAUCAUGGGCGAGGUGCACGACGGCAUGGCCACGCUGGACCCCAGCAGCUACGUGCGGGCGGCCAACGACAAGCGGGUGAAGAAGAUCUAUGAGCUGAUGGAGAAGAAAACCUGCGACCUCCUCAACCGCUUCCAGGACUAGGGCAGAGCCGGGACAUGCCAAUAUGGGGGCUGCAGACUCACUGUGGAGGGGGAGCCCCACACCAGUGCUUGUAUCCUGGGGUUACCACCACCACAUAGCUCCCUAGAACCCCAUGCUGAGCCUCAGCUCCCACCUCCCCUGUUAUUUAUCUGCCACAUGCCCCCCGUGUACCCUCCAGCCCGGCCAGCAGCAAUAAAGGAGUGGGUUGUGUUGCA